UGGACGUUAUUUCUUGGAACUGUGAAAUCUCGAGAGCCAUAUUACGUUUUACAAUCCACAGUAAUCCGUAGUGGUUGUCCCGUAGAUUCGCCAUCUUGUCGUCUGUUGUCGUGUGUUAACUAAAAGGAUGUGGUUCUGAAUAAUUCGACCGUUUGAAGUUGUAUACUAUGGAAUUUCGUCUCUAAAGCUUUCUGUACAUUUUGUAUCCUGGACAUUAAUUAGUAACAACGAAAAUCUACAAAAUGGAUCUCGAUAUUCCACAAUUUAAUUCGAAAGACGAUGAAAUUCAGUAUUGGAUGGAAUUGGCCCAGCAAAUGUACCAACGGAAAGAAGAUGUAGAACACGAGUUGGAAGAAUUUCAGGAGAAUUCACAGAUGUUGGAAAAAGAAUUGGAAACAUCACUUGAACAAUCAGAGAAGAGCAAUAGGGAAUUACGUCAGAGGAAUACAAGAUUAGCCACUGAGAUAGAACAGUUGAGGACGCGAUUAGACCAACAAACAGCAGAUUGUUCAACAUUUCAGACGAGGGCAUCUGAACUCGAGGCUCAACACGAGCAGCUUCUCAAAUACAUACGAGAGUUGGAACAGAAAAAUGAUGAUUUAGAGAGAGCUCAUAGAAUAAACAUGGCAACGGAAGAAGCAAUCGAAGCCAAAUUCAAUUCUGCUAUUGAGAAGAAUGCGCUCCUAGAGUCUGAACUGGACGAGAAGGAAAGUCUCAAGAUAAUUGUACAGCGAUUAAUGGACGAAAACAGGGAUCUUAAGCAAGAGUUUAACGUGUUGAAACGACAUAUGGCAGAUAAUGAUAAAUCUGCGGACAAAGUACGCACUCUGGUAGACAGUAAUAAGCUGCAAGUUGAGCGAGAGACACACCUGCCACUCACAGAGCAGAAUAUAUCGACCACAGGUCAUCCGCAGUCACCCUUGAAAAUUGAGAACGGUGUUAUCAACAAUAACAACAACAUGAACAUGCCAAUGGCUCCAUCGACGAGGAUACUGGCGAUGAAUAUGAUUGGUGAUCUCAUGCGGAAAGUCGGGGCUCUGGAGAACAAGCUCAACACUUGCAGGAAUGCCUCUCGCGAGGAUCAGUCUAUGAGGGAUUUGUACAGGACUAGACGAACUGUGCGCGGCCUGGCCUCAGGAAACAACAACCACAUUCGAUUAUGAAGUCAGUAUUGAUAACCAGUGUGUACCGAUAUCGAGAUGAAAUUGAGUGAUCUCUUGAAAAAAUCAUGAGAAGAUAAUCAACAUGCCAUUCUUAUGAUUUUAUGUCAUUACGCAGAUAUUCACUUGGCAUAUUAAUUUUAUGGAAUAAAAAAAAUUAUUCUUUCAAAUCGUGCAAUUUCAAUGGACUUUUUUAAUCAGGUGCCAUCGGACUUUCUCUUUAUUUUUUUUUCAUGGCAAUAAAAUUUGGCAGGCUUGAGUGGAAACAAAUUUCGUGAUGAAAAGCUGAUAUUCCGUUUUUCGAUGUUGAGGAAAAACCUGUAAAUUGUAAAUAUAGAUUUACUCAAUACCAUAAAAUAACAUAUUUCAGAAUCUCAGCUGGAGAAAAUUUGCAGUUCUCUUUAGAUACCAAUUGUCAGUGUGAAUAUAAAAUUUUUUCAUCCAA